AUGGUUCCACAAUCUGCUAUUUACAAGGGCGUGAAUUAUGGGUCUAAUGGCAAUGUACCUAAGAACAAUUUCAAGAACCAUGGUGAUGGUGGUAAUGCUGCCAUUGAUGAGUUCAUGAAUUACAAAGAGAAAUUGAAUGUUGGUGACGAUUCAUUUCAAUUGUACGUGAAGAAUUCGAAUUCAGGGACUGUGAAAUUUAAGAGCUACGGACAAUUGCUCAAUGAAGGCACAGACAAGUUCAAUGGGUAUGGAAAAGGCGGGUCGGGUCAAGAAAUUGGGUUCGAAACUUACGGAGUCAACAAUACAUUCACAAAUUAUGAUAAGAAAAAGGGUGUCUUGUUUGCUAGAUAUCUCAAUGAGAGCUUUGCUAGAUCUUCAAUGGCGAGCAGUGCCAAAUUCAUAAAUAGAUGGGUGGAGCUGGGUAAAUUUUUCAGGUGUGUGGAAUAG